AUGUUUUAUCAGCCAAACCAGUAUUCACCACCUUCUCAACAUCAACGAGAACAAUCUUCUGCCAUAAAUUCAUCAUAUUUGCCAUCUACUUAUUUAUUACAACGAUCAAAAUUAAUCAUGGAGCCUUGCACAUGGUCCGCUGGUCAAGUUGAAGAAUGGUUAAUCAAAAAUAAUUUACAACAAUAUAAUCAUUUAUUAUGUGGUAAGCAUCGAAUGGACGGCAUGACACUGAUGAACCUCCGAGAAAAUGAUGUGUUGCAAUUAGAAGUGCCAAAUAAUAGUGAUAAUAAAGAACUUUGGUCUCACAUUAAACAAUUACAGCAAAACUACUCAAAUAAUUAUCAUUUACAUAGACAAUAUACUUAUCAGCAACAACAGCAACAAGUAUCAAAUCAAUAUGCAACAAUAUUAAUGCCGUCGUCGUCAGUAUCCACUCGAACUACUUCAACAACAUCUGACAGUUUGAAAACAAAAAAACAGUUAAUAAACAAUACAUAUUCUGCCCCAGUCACAUCAUCAUCAUUAAAUCAUAGCAUCUCAUUUUAUAACAACACGACUGCCAAUCACACGAAUAACAACAAUAUUAAUACACAAUCAAUCCCAUUAUUAUUAAAUACAAAUCGUCAACAUUCAAACACCGUAUCGUCAAAUCUGAAUAUCUUACCACCGAGCGUUACUAUUCAUAGACCGCCUCCUCAAAUCGGUGGAUCGGAAAACGGUAGUUUUCUCGAUAAUCACUGUACACUUUCGGGAGAUUUUGUACCGUUAACAACAUUCACUGAUCGUAAUAUUACACCUACCGUACAAACUGCAUUCUCAACAGAAGGACAUCGUGAUAGAACUCUGUCGGAACAUAUAGAAGAUAGAGAAAAUGUUAAUUGUUGUAUUAUAACGACAUUGCGUAGUGAUCGAAAAAAGACAUUAUGUGCAUUUCUAAUAGCUAUUGCAGCAGCAAUGUUUUGUAGUUUUAUAAUAGUGAUUGUUGACGAACGAUUACCAGAUCCAAAACGCCAUCCUCCACUGCCCGAUCUAAUAUUAGAUAAUAUACCACAAAUGAAAUGGGCAUUUACUGUCACAGAAUAUAUGAUUGUGAUUGAAUUUAGUACAUUAGUGGCUAUAAUAAUGUUUCAUCGUCAUAGACUGAUAAUUCUUCGACGAUUUUUCAUUAUAGCUGCUGCAUUAUUGUUUUUACGUGGUUUAACAAUGGUAUUUACGUCUUUACCAGUAGCAACAAAAAUAACAGACUGCAAACCCCACAGAUUACUAAAUAUGACAGCCCGUUUAAAAAAAGCCCUUUUCAUAUUUAUUGGUCAAGGUUUAUCGGUCUAUGGUGUUCGAACUUGCGGUGAUUAUUUGUAUUCUGGACAUACUUGUACACUGAUAUUGAGUACCCACUUCAUUAACGAAUAUUCACCGCGAUCAUAUCACUUACUCCAUUUGCUAACAUGGCUUAUGGCAUUUACCGGCAUAUUUUUCAUAUUGGCUGGACAUCAACAUUAUUCUAUUGAUGUUUUAAUCGCAGGGAUUCUAGCGUCAAGAUUAUUUAUUUAUUAUCACAUGUUGGCAAACAAUAAAACGUUUUUACAGCGAGAUAUAAAACGAAUGAGGAUUUGGUUACCGUUAUUCGUUUAUUUUGAAGAAAAUGUUCUAACAGCCAUACCAAAUGAGUAUUGUUGUCCAAUCUUUUUAAGAGAUUUGAAAACUAUGAUUAUCAGUUCGACUGGUACAACGAGAUAUAAACGCGUACAAUCGUAUAGAAUUGGAUUUUGUUGA